AUGGCAGCCAUUUUCGGUUUCACACGCCCAUGUUUUUUCCAAAACUUGCACCACAACACCCUUAAGAGUUUUAGAACCCACUUCUCUGAUUUCUCUAUUGAUGUUCUCCUCCAGUUGUACCAGGGUCUCUGGUUUCUUGACAUAAACCCUCUCUUUCAAGUAUCCCCACAAGAAAAUAUCCAAAUAUGGAAGACUACGCAUGCAACAAUCACUUCUUUCCUACCCUGGAGUGUCUAUAAAUUUUCAAGAGAAGCUUACAAGUCACAUGAUUUAGCUGUCAUAGCAUGUAUUCUGGCAGCAUUCUCUGUUCACUUAUCUGUUUUUGGUACACACACGCUAAUUUCUACUUUUUUGUCUCCGUUUGUGUUUUUGUCAUUAUCAGUAAUCUGGAGAACUCUUUGUUCUGAUCUCCUUUGUUUCUAUACAAAAAAUACCAUAAAAGUUAAUAGAAAUGGAACCGUAGAUAUUAGGGAGAAUAGAAAUAUUUCCUGGAACAAGGAUGUUCUAAAGAGAAUCUCCAAAAAAACUGAUGCUGAGAAAAUUUAUAGAGAUAAAAACAACACAGGAAAUGAUAACACUAUAAUAGAGGUAAUUGGAAAGCAUCUCAGAAACUUUGGCACUGGAAUUAUGAUUGGUAUUCUUCUAUAUAUACGUAUUGAUCUGCUUGUUUUCUAUACAGCUAUUUUUUGCCCAGUAUUAUCUUGGUAUAUUUCCAAGUGGAGAUUGUUUUUUCAACAGUUUAUAAUCAUUACUUUUGGCGUUCUCCUGGGAAUCGUUAUAGGAGCAAUUGACGAUUAUUAUACAUAUGGUAAAUUUUUUAUAAGCCCUAAACAGUGGUUUCUGUUUAACGUCAUUUCAGACCAUUCAAAUAUGUUUUUUGGUCAAUUUAGCAUUUCCUUUUACUUUAUAAACAUUGUAUUACAUAACGCUGCUGUGAUUUUGAUGCUAGUCUUAACAUUCCUGACAAUCUUGGUAGUCAAAGUUAGAACGUUUAAAAUAUCAAAUCCUUUUGUGUAUCACUAUACUAAUACAUCUUUAUUUCUCAGUUCCUCUGCAAUUAUCGUAUUAUUCACAUUCUCACUAAAAGGACACAAAGAAAUGCGAUUUUUGCAUAAUUUUGUCGUUCUUGUAUUGAUAGUCUAUGCUAGUACACUGAAGACUAUUUUGCACUGUAUAUGUUCAAAAGUAGUAUCAAAAACCUCAAAAACUACUUUGAAUUCAUCUCUGGUUUUCUUGUUGUUGGUUUAUGUGAAACACCAAUGGAAUUUAUUUCCAAGUGGAAAGUCCACAGCUGAUUGGUCAUAUUCAGAUAACUUUGAAUCUGGAAAUAUAAAUCAAUGCUUAUAUUAUGUUCACCUUGAAGAUGAUGUAACAGGUGUCUUUUUAGAUGAAAGUUUAUACUUCAGUGGUGCUUAUAGCCUUCUUCAUAGAGAUGUACCCUUCCUUCCUCUCAUCCACAUGGAAUUUUAUGAAUUCAGCAAAGAGUCUAGAAUCCCUAUAAAAUAUCAAUUUGAAUGGUUAAAAGUUGAUAAAGCUAAUAAGCCUACAACCCACGUUAGUGUAAUAUCUAAUAUAUCUGAUUAUGUAUCAGUGCAUAAUACUCCAUAUCUAAUAAAGAAGCUUAUGAAAAAUAAUGUUUAUAAUUAUCUUAUCGUUAAAAAAUUCCAGAAAUUUAUUGAUUUUGGUUUUAAGUUAGUUUUUCAAUCAGGAAUGAUAAAAGUCUUGAAAAAAGUAAACAAUAUAACAUCAAAGAAAAACUUCAAGGAUUUCUUGAACCCAUUUUCUUCUAUAUCAGAAAGUAAUUUAACUCUUAACGAUAUUUUUCUUCAUGAAGGUCACUUCUUGUAUUCUUUAGGCCAGUAUGAAAAGGCUGAGCAGCGGUUGUUAGCUGCGUUACAGUAUGCACCCAUAAGAGUGGCUACAUACCAGCUGCUAUUUAAUAUAUACCAAAAUUUUGGUAAAUUUAAUGAGAGUAAUCACUACUGGAAUGUUUGUGCUAAACUAUUUGGAGAAGAGGGAUGCAGGAAACCUGUAGAAUUUGUUGAUUUGCAAAAACUUUCCAGUAACAGAUAGCCACAAAGGAAUAAACCGAUACAUGGAACAUCACACACACAGACACACAUAUACACUCAUGCACACACACACACACACAUACAUGACACUCUCACACACAUGCACACACACAUUCUCACACACAUAUGCACUCAUGUGCACAUACACUCUCACUUACGCAAUGAUUAGCAAAUCAUUUUUAAUUAAGCUGUAGACAGUUAAUUGGUUUUCCAGACAAUCUGCCAAUCAGUGUUCAGUGUGAUUGCCAAAAACAAUUUGUCAUCAUCAUUAUUAUCAGUAUCUGCACCACCACCCUACACUGCUGCCAUCGUCAUCAUCGUCAUCGUCAUUGUCAUCGUCGUUGUCGUUGUCAUCGUCGUCGUCGUCGUCAUCGUCAUCAUCAUCACUCUCCUCCUCUUCUGCCUUCUCCCAUUUAUCAUCAUUUUUACUUCUAUUUUUCCAAGCUUGCAUGAGUUGGAUUGGUCUUUUUUUGAAACAGUAUUUUGACAGUUGCUACAUCUCUUUGUCAUCUCCUCCACUAAGCCAUCCUGCCUUCUAUUUAUUUAAAACAUUCUCCUUUGCUAAGCUUACCUUAAGACCUGUCAAUUCUAAUUUAGCUUCCAUGCCUGGAAUUUCACCUUUAAUUCCCCUAGACAUUCAGCUAUAAGAACUAAGUCAUCAGUAUACGAGAGGUACCAAAAAGAAACCAGAAUUUUGCAAUAUUAUUUUAUUUAUUUAGUAUUAUAUGUUUACCCUUUUAUCACCUUCAAAGUGUUCUCCAUUUAAAGAAAUGUACCGGUCCAGACACGUUUUGCACUAUUCAAAGCAGUCCUGGAACUCUUUGCAAAGUGAUGCCUCCUAACACCUCUGUCAUUUUUUUCUUCAUCUCAUCCACAUCUGCAAAUUCCAUACCAUCAGGUUUUAUUACUGCUGAUGAACUUUGAAAAAAACAGUUC